AGAGCGGGACCCGAACCGGGGGAGCGAGGCACGAUAUUCAGACUGAGGUGCAUUGGGCACAAGAUUGGAACUGAGACACUAUGGAGCAGUACACAGCAAACAGCAACAGUUCCACAGAACAGAUCGUUGUGCAAGCUGGACAGAUUCAGCAGCAGCAGCAGGGUGGUGUCACUGCUGUCCAGUUGCAGACAGAGGCCCAGGUGGCAACCGCCUCAGGCCAGCAAGUCCAGACCCUCCAGGUAGUCCAGGGUCAGCCAUUAAUGGUACAAGUAAGCGGAGGUCAGCUGAUCACAUCAACUGGCCAGCCAAUCAUGGUGCAAGCUGUGCCUGGGGGUCAGGGUCAGACCAUCAUGCAAGUCCCAGUUUCUGGAUCGCAAGGAUUGCAGCAGAUUCAGUUGGUCCAGCCAGGCCAGAUUCAGAUUCAAGGUGGGCAGGCUGUGCAGGUACAGGGUCAGCAGGGCCAGACCCAGCAGAUCAUUAUUCAGCAGCCACAGACUGCAGUUACCGCUGGCCAGACACAGACCCAGCAGCAGAUAGCAGUUCAAGGGCAGCAGGUGGCACAGACAGCAGAAGGCCAGACCAUUGUCUAUCAGCCUGUUAAUGCUGAUGGAACCAUUCUUCAACAAGUUACAGUCCCUGUUACAGGCAUGAUCACCAUCCCAGCAGCCAGUUUGGCAGGAGCACAAAUUGUCCAGGCAGGAGCCAACACCAAUACAACUAGCAGUGGGCAAGGGACUGUAACUGUGACGCUACCAGUUGCUGGAAAUGUGGUCAAUUCAGGUGGAAUGGUUAUGAUGGUACCAGGGGCUGGAUCAGUACCAGCUAUUCAGAGGAUUCCAUUGCCAGGGGCAGAGAUGCUUGAAGAGGAGCCCCUCUAUGUAAAUGCCAAGCAGUACCACCGAAUCCUGAAGAGGAGGCAGGCACGAGCCAAGCUGGAAGCUGAGGGGAAAAUCCCCAAAGAGAGGAGGAAAUACUUGCAUGAGUCUAGACAUCGUCAUGCCAUGGCUAGGAAACGGGGAGAAGGUGGGCGUUUUUUCUCACCGAAGGAAAAGGAUAUGCAGGAUCCAACUCAGGCAAAUGAAGAAGCAAUGACACAGAUGAUCAGAGUAUCCUAACCACUGUCUGAAGGAAAAAGUAACUGAACAAGUUUCCUGUCCCUCUGCAAGCGUGUCCUAUCUUACCAGUGUAUCAAGCAAACCUUCCAAUGGGACAAUGGACAAUCACCAUAUCUUAGCCUACCCUUUUCUAUACAACAAAAACCACCUUUCCAGUAAGUGGUUUGUUUGAGAUUUUAACUGCAGUGGACUCCGCAAAUA